AUGUUUUUGGACUGGAUUGCGCAGCUUCAGCUGCUGCGACACGACCCACAGACUAACAUUCUUGGAUCGCUUCCAUUGUCCACUCGCCGAGUCUUGGUAUCGGAAAUUACGCACUAUCUUCAUCCUGGUCCUGGAAAGCAUGCGCCUGAUCCGAGCAUCUUCACAUCACCAGCUCACGUCAAGUGGUACUUUGAAGUUAUCGGUCAAGGGUUCACUUUGCCGCUGGAGGAUAUGGAUAUCACCAGCAUCGAUGUCAACUUGUACGCACAAUGGUUAUUAGAGCCUUCGCUACGACCUGCCGUUAUCAGCAAAGAUGGCCUCGAGCAAGAGUUUUAUCAAAUCAUCUUCCAUCAGUAUUCCCUCCUCUUCCAACCUCGUCUUACCCAAACGCCCCAACAACAACAGCAACAACAUCAACAGCAGCAGCAGCAACAGGGUCAUCAUCAUCAUCAUCAUCCAACAUCAACACCACCACGUAGCGUAUCAUCUAGACCCAAUAGCUUCCAUCUUGGUAUUUCAGGAUCAUCCUCCUCCUCUCAGCAACCUAAUCACCAUCAACAAAAUGAAGCAACACUGGCUCAGCUAGCACAUCAACACAUCGAGCUUUGCAAAAAGACAUUGACCGUAUUAGCCAUGGCAGGAAGAACACUCGAAUUCAGCAAUGAUACAUGGACUGUGCUUCUCAAAGUGAUGCUGGGUGUCACCGAUUAUCUAUUGAAAGAACCUAUUGGUGCAGGUGGAAUGUCCGGUGUACCCAAUAUGGGAGAUGAGCUCUGUGAACAUCUCUUAAAGGUUCUCUUUGAACUUUGGUUGCGAUCGGAGAUACGACAAGUGGAGAUGUGGGAUAUACUCAAGAGUUGUUUUAUGCGCUGGACGCAUCGACCCCAAGCGAUACGCCAAUGGAGUUCAACAUCUUUGGCAUUGACGAAGCGGGUGGUGAAUCUAUUAUAUGGAUCAGAGGAAGGCACCGACCUGGUGAUACUUUCAUCCCACGGCACUAUCAAUGUCAAGCUUGAUCUGGAACAUGGAUUUAUGAAUUACGCAUGGCACCAAAUGCUACAUUUAUCGCCACAUCCACUUCAGCUUCCUUCUCACAACUUUGCAUAUGCAAUGCUUGGUAUCGGUCAAUGUGUGGAUGUGUUCAACAAUGUUGGUUACAAAGGAUCGGAUGGCAACACGCUAGCCCCGCCUCAUACGCAUCAUCAUCAUCGACCUGAAGGCAAUACGAUUCUUCAUAUCUUUGGUACCUACUUGUUCGACGCAUGUUCAGCAGCUGCUAGUAGCACAGACCCUGAUUCGCAACGAGGAUGCGCUGAAGCAUAUGCAACAUUGUGCAAGAUCUUUUGCCGGCCACAGCAUACACGACCCUUCCUACGCACAUACAUUGAACGAUUUUAUGCAGCCUUGUGUAUGGGGUUGAAAUCUGAAGCUUGCUUACCAACAAUUCUCUUGCAUUGCACGGAGCUAUUUGCGACUGAUCUUGAGGGUGUGAGGAUGUUGGUUCCUGAUUUCAUUACGGCUAUCAAAAUGGUGCUUCCCAAGCUGUUGAUUGUGGUCAAUACGGAUUUUGUGAGCGUGGAAGAUUUACGACUCGCCGCUAUCAAGGUUGUCAGUACCGUCAUGUGCCUACCCAAUCAUUUCGACAAGGUGGAAUUGAAACCUGAAUGGGACCGAGAUCUUCAAUGUGCCUCAGAUAGCGCUUCCAUCUUGGGUGAACAAGAACAAAUCGUCACUCAGUUGGUAAAACGACAAGGGGGAAUGGGACAGAUCCGAGUCUUGUAUGCCGAUCAACCUCAUGAUGAUGUGGAAAGACCUUUCACUUGUCUCAAGUUUUAUAUCCUCGAGGUCCUUCUCAUGUCACUACGCACCGAGACAUCGUCAUACAACAUGAGAUACCUAUUGCAUUUGAUCAAUGUCUAUGUCGUUGAAGAUGUUCCUUUUUGCCCGGGAUUGGUUGGUACAGUAGUGAAAUUAAUCGAGGAAAAGAUUUUGACAAUGCAAAUGCCUGCUGAUGUGACGUUGGUGGCCUUUGAUGUUCUCAUUGACUUUGUGGAUUUAUAUGAUUAUGUCAAAAGAGAUAGCAAGAAUGUUGCUCGUGAGCUGGUGCUGGCACUCAGCCGAUAUGUGGAUACCCUGAUCAAUGCAGGCAAGCUGUCUCACUCGUAUCCUUUGAUUGUUCAAGCUUACGACUGCAUGAUGAAAUGGAUAUUGACAAGCCAAUGGAUUAUCGAUGAUCGGGACUGCUACAAGGCUGUUAUUUCCACCCUAAGUCGAGGCAUUACUAUCUUUGAUCGCGACACGGAUCAGCCACCUGAGACACCACAAGAGAAAAAGAAACGACGUGAUCCAAUGCCAUCGAAACCGCUUUUCCAGCUUCCACCACGACCCAGUGUUAAAAUGUCAACAUCAUCCAGUGGCAACAAUAGUGGCGGUGGGAACGCUUCACAAUCCAGCAGCCGAAGCAAUUCCAGUGCUGUUAGGAAGGAGCAGGUGGCAGUACGCAUGGCAGCUGAAUAUUGUAUGUCCCAAUUUGUCAAUCAACUUGGACGUGCUUCCCCCUUGAAUGGAUCAGUCAAUCAGAAAGCUGAGGAUCUACAACAACUUCGAAUUCGACGUUCUCAACGACGUAGCGAUCAAGGUGACUUGUUGCCAUGGGAAUCGAGAGACGCGAUUCGCUACUUUUUGCUUGACAAGCGCAUGAUCUUGGCAGUAUUUGAUAUUGAGAGUCAGCAAGAUGAAAAGGAUGUGCCGGCUGUCAAGUUCAUUAUACGUGACACAACAGGUCGCCAUAUUUGGUCCAUUGACGCACAAUACCAAGAUGCACAAAAGCACACUCUCUCUUCGCCACUAUCGCCACCACCACCACCACAACAACAACAACAAUCACCCAAGAUGGCACAUCAAAAAUCCAUUGGAGGAUCAACAUCAGUCACCGAUUCUCUUCAAGUAUCAGAAGCACCUACAGCAGAUGCUGCCAACUCGGAUGCUAUUCCUAGUAUCGAUGACCUUGUAUCAGUGGAUCCAGCUAGUUGGAGUCAAUGGGAGUUUGUCAAAUCGAUGGCAGAGUGCGAGCAAGAGGAGGAAAACGAGACUUUGGAUCGGAUACAUAAAAGGCCGCUGGAUCGGUUUAUGAUAUCACCCACUGCUUCCAACGUCAACACAGAAAGUGCACGAGGUUUCCGAUUACUACUUUCUGAGCUGGGCUUAUUGCUACCCAAGAACCGAUCCCGUAUUACACCUUUAAGGAUUACAGAUUCUUUGAUCACAGAGAUUGAGACGUUGGAUAUGUUGAAUGAUCGAGAUUGUAUAUCCAUCACAGCCUAUUAUGCAUCAUCAGGAAAUACCACUUGGGAGGAUCUCAUUGAGACACCACCACCACUCAGCCCACAAUUUCUGCAAUUCCUUAAUUGUCUUGGUUGGCCGAUCCAGGUGGAAUCUCAUACGGGCUUCAAAGGAAAAUUGGAUUCAUCGAUUUGCAAGACAAUACCAUACUAUGCUGAUCGCAAUGUGGAGUUUGUGGUGAACGUGCCAUACUUUUUGCAUACACCUCCUAACGACGACAACACAUGGGGGUCAGCUAGCAACAUUACCAAGAUCCAUCGUAUGGUGUCUGCCGAUGAUCACGUGUGCGUUAUAUGGAUUGAGGAUCUCGACAACUAUACAGCUCUUGCCAAACGUAUAAAGACAUCAAACUCGUCAAAUGCCAAAUCCAUGGUAUACAUCUUUAUCAACCCGCUUCGGAACAGCGCCAACAGCCUUUAUUGGAUUCGUGUUCAUAUACCACUCAUUGGGAAUAAUGCAACAUCCGUUGUAUCAAGUCAACGGUUAAACGACAAUGCAUUGAUAUUUGGACCACUGGCGGAUGGCAUGAUUGUGAGUCGGCAUGCACUAGGAAGCAUGGUGAGGAAUACCGCCAUUUCAGCACAUCAAGCAUGUCGUGUCGUCACCGAUACCUAUACACGCCCCUACGUUGUACGAAAGCAGUUCAUUGAAGAGAUGCUUCAUCGACAUCGAAGCAAAAUGCAGCUUUCAGAGUUCUACGCUGAAAUGUUUUCAGGGAAAGACACUUGA